AAUGCCCGUUAGGAUGUACGGAAAGCUGAACCACGACGUGGACCAGUCAACGACUUAGACGCAGCCACACCGCCCGUCGAUGAUGCUCAAUGUUGAUCCGACGGAAUUCCGGGAUAUAGUCAAGAAACUGAACCUAAAUUUGAGCGACGGAGACGUCGAGCAACUGAUCAUCGAGAAGAUGGCCUCCUACACCAACAUAACGAACACGAUGUCCAUGUCCAUGGCGACGACGACGUCGACGUCGACGCCACACCCGUCCGACGACAACCUGUACUGCGGCGGUUACUUGGAGCAAAUCGCCGAAACGUACGGCGACCACUACCACCCCUACGUGGCGAUAACCGUAUGCCUGUUCGGCACUCUCGCCAACAUCUCCAACAUCGCCGUGUUGACCAGGAAGGACAUGGCCAGCGCCCCCGUCAACCGCAUCCUCACGGCACUGGCGUUCGCCGACAUGAUGCUCAUGCUGGAGUACAUACCGUUCGCCUAUUACUAUCACAUCGAUUUGAAAAAGAAGUUCGACUUUCCGUACAUCGGAGCGGUGUUCAUGAUCUUUCACAUUCACACCACCCAGGUGCUGCACACCAUUUCUAUCUGUCUCACGUUGACCCUCGCCGUUUGGAGGUUCCUGGCUAUAGGAUACCCCGAAAGGAAUCACAUCCUGUGCUCGGAGACGCGAUGCAGACUGGCGAUAUCGCUCAGCUACUGCCUGCCCGUCGUGCUGUGCCUGCCCACGUUCUUCACCCUGAAGAUAUCGACGACCACCGUGACGGAGAACAACGAAACGUUCGUCCUCUACCACACCAUCCUGAGCGACGCGUUCCAAAACGAGCCGCGCCUGCUGCAAAUCAACUUCUGGAUCUACGCCGUCUUCAUAAAACUGCUCCCCUGCACCAUACUGACGUUCAUCAGCUUCUGGCUGAUCCGCACGUUGUUCAAGGCGAAGCGCAGGAAGCAGGUGCUGCGCGGCUACGACACCUAUCCGCUGACGCAGGACGGCGCCGCCAAGAAGAAGGUGUCGAAGGCGGAGCGCCGCGCCGACCGCACCACCAAGAUGCUCGUCGCCGUCCUCAUGCUCUUCCUGAUCACCGAGUUCCCGCAGGGACUGUUCGCGCUGCUGAUCGGCCUCCGGGGCAAGACGCUCUUCCUGCAGUGCUACCAGAAGUACGGCGAGGUGAUGGACAUACUGGCCCUGCUCAACGGCGCCAUCAACUUCAUACUGUACUGCUGCAUGAACCGCAUGUUCCGCACCACGUUCGGCCAACUGUUCAAAAGUAAGAUAAUGGCCAAGUGGCCCGCGAACGUGCCCAGUGAGAUCCACACAACUGUCGUGCCGAACGGGACUAACACGACGGAAUUGUGAGUCGGACUGCGAAAGUAUCAUAAUAGGACUAAAAAGAAGAAGAGGACUGAAGAGGAAACCCAAUUUUGAAUUUGUCGGUAAUUUGAUCAUUUACAUGAACGACUGUCCGAAUUCAUCGAGGUGUAAAGCAUCGAAAUAAUAUUUCUAUAGCUUCAAGCUAAAUGGAUCUGUAAAUAUAAAAGUGUUUGAUAUUGAUCUAUUCAGCUUAGGGAUUUAAAGACGAAUAUUUGUACAUAGAUUGCGCUUAAAUUUCAUUUGUGUUUCAUUCAUAUUUGUCUAUAAUUGUCUGGUUAAUUAUAUUUAUACGAUACUAUGAUACCACAUAUUUACAUACAUACUACAUACAUACAUACAUACAUGUUUAGCUCAUACACAACCAAAGAAUAUAAAUAAGUAUGGUACAUGUCCGUUUAAUAGUUUAAUCUAAUAAGUUUGAAAGCGAGUACAGGGUACAAUUACUGAUUACUUUCUAAUAAAUAUAUAGAAUAUAUAGAAGGGAUUUUACUUACCUUUGUAUAUAAAUGCCCCGGAAAUGUGUUAAUGUGUAUUUUUGGAUAAUUGUAAAUUAUAAAGUUAUUGUAUAAUAUAUUGUAUAAUAUAGUUGUUUAAUGUGACAUACUUCAAUAAUUGGGUUUUGUGCAU